CUGACAUGAACCUAGAAAGUCACAGGGAAGCUGCACUUUUGUACACACAUUGAAGACACUUUAUACAUAUCUUCAAUCUCUCCAUUUCAGCUCGAAAUAAAGCUUGUUAAAUGGCAAAGUGGUCAAAAGCAUCUGAAAAUGAGGAGGACAUUAAUUCCCUUAUCCAUCUUGAGAAUUCACGCUGUGAUCAUUUGUCACCACUGCCAUGUAAACCUAUAGCAACAAUUGAAAGAAAACUGAAGAUUGCAAUUAUAGCACUUGUGCUUCUGUACUGUAUUGUCCUGGGUCUUCUAAUAUUUACACUCAGGCAACAAGGUCACAUCUCUGUUUUCGAAAAACAAGGUGGAAAACUUGAAGAUAAUAAUGUGGAAGAAGAAAAAGAUGAUGAUAGCACUGUUAUUCUAAACCAGCUUAUUGAAAACUUCUCAGACUGGAAAUCAAAAAUUUCAAUGAACUCAGCAAAACUGCAAUUGUUAAAUGAAAUAUUAAAUAACAGCACAUCAGAGAGUCAAGCAAAGGACAAACUUGUGCAAGACAUUCAGACAGCUGUAGAACGCUUAACAACUGCACUGGAUGACAAUCAAGUGAAAGUGGAGUAUAUAAAUACAACUUUUACUGAAAACGUUUAUAUAUUAUGGGAGGAAGUUGUGCAAAAGAGUGCAUACUUUCAGAAUGCAUCUGUAGACAUAUCUGAUGUAAAACAAAAAUACAUUAUCCUGGAACAAAAAAUGAAAGAGGAAGUGAAAACACUUAAUAAAAUCACAAAUGAGCUGCAGUUAAAAGACUGGGAACAUUCACUUACAUUGAAAAAUUUAACAACCAUUCAAGGUCCUCCUGGCCCAAAAGGAGAAGUAGGAGAGAAAGGAGACAGAGGUGUAAUAGGGAACCCUGGCAAUCCAGGAAGUCCAGGGAUUACUGGAUUUCCAGGACAGAAAGGAAUUGCAGGAUCAUCAGGAUUACCAGGUUUACCAGGCAGUAAAGGAGAAAAAGGAGAAAAAGGGGAAAAGGGAAUGGCAUUGGAUUCCACUCCUGCCCCUAGAAAUGAAACUAUUGUCCGCCUUGCUGGUGGGUUUGGAUCUUAUCGAGGAAGAGUUGAGGUUUUUCAUAAUGGAGAAUGGGGUACUGUGUGUGACGAUCAUUGGGAUGUGAAAGCUGGAAAAGUGGUCUGCAAGAUGCUGGGAUUUACAGGUGUUCUUCAAGUUCAUGGCAGUGCUUUCUACGGUCAAGGGAAAAAUCGAAUAUGGAUGGAUGAUGUUCAAUGCCUUGGAACUGAAUCUUCUAUCGCACAAUGUAAAUUCAAAGGAUGGGGGCAGACAAAUUGCAGACAUACUGAAGACGCUAGGGUGCGGUGUUUCUGAAAAAAUGUUUUAUUUACUUAUCUAGUCCAUUAAUGAUCAUUUUGCUCAUUUUGCAUAUAAUGUACAAAUCAAAAAUUAUUUAUAACACUAGUUUAUGAUUACCCACCAACAUUUUCUACUAAGAGAGAAUUCUGUUAUUAUUAAAAUCUGACAAGAUCGAAAAGUAAUUUCAAAAUCUACAAGAAAAGAGAAAUAUGAUGAUAAUAUGAUGUACUCAUCCUCACAUGAUCUAAAUAUAAUUGCAAAAUAAAUAAAUAUAUAUAUA